AUGCGGAAUGGGGAUGGGAGCAGUGGGGAGGGGAGCAACAGGGAUGGGAUCAACGAGGAUGGGACCAAUGCGGAUGUGAGCAGUGGGAAUGAGAGCAUUGGAAAUGGGAGAAGUUGGGAUGUGAGCAGCGGGGAUGUGAGUAGUGAGGACGGAGGCAACGGGGAUUACGGAGCGGGGAGCAAGGGGUACGGGAGCAAUGGGAAUGGGAGCAAUGGGGAUGGGAGCAAUGGGGAUGGGAGCUAUGGGGAUGGGAGCUAUGGGGAUGGGAGCUAUGGGGAUGGGAGCAGUUGGGAUGGUAGCAGUGGGGAUGGGAGCAGCGGGGAUGGGAGCAAUGGGGAUGUGAGCAGUGGGUAUGCGAUCAGUGGGGAUGGAAGCAACAAGGAUGGGAGCAAGGGGGAUGGGAACAGUGGGUAUUGGAGCAAUGGUUUAGGGUGCAACUGGGAUGUGAGCAGUGGGGAUGUUAGCAGGCUUUGUGUGACAAAACAGGAGGUUUACAGGGGUGUUAUAGCACAAUGGGGAGGUAAACGAUGGGGAUAA